AUGCAAAGCCUUUCCCUCCUCGACCUGGGCAAGCUUACCAAAGAAGAGCGACUGAAGCGCACGACCGUGAAAACCACCCGUAAAAUUAUUGACAAGAAUGGAAAGCGGCGCUUCACUGGGGAUAAGAAUGCCCUCAAAAUCUCUGGGAUCUACACUCCGGAGUUUGCUGCUGCCCUGCUACAAGUUUACCAGACCUGGUGUGAACUGCCUAUGGAAGGGCGGGGGGAGUUGCGCUCCAGGCGCCCUGUGGAAAUGGGCAAAAGUGAUCGCGAGCUAUUUCUACAGAUGGACACGAAUGACAUGUGGAUCGAAUCCAACAUCCAUGAGGUCUUCAUGAUCCCAGACAGCUGGCAUUGCACCAUGGCGUCGUUCCAUGACGAGGUUCGCCGAAAUGCUCCUCGGGCGCUGAUGGCAGCUCGUUUGUCGAGCUGUUCAACAUUGAUUGCUGGUGUGUCUUUGAUUGGUAAGAUGGAAGCAGAGGGCAAGCAGGCUUCCCAGGCAGACAUCGCUGCAAAGAUUGAUGUUGUUUGCUGCCAGGGCACGGAUCCAGCAGCUACAGCUAUCGUUGCAGCGUCAGCCCAGCGCAGCUUCGGUUGGUUCACCUGUGCCAGGAACCCUCCAGCUGUAUCCAUUGACCCGAACCCCACGGCUAAGCCUGUGGUUGCUGCUGCCACACCAUCUCCUUGCAAGAAGGGCGAACGUCUGAGAGAUCUACUCAAACAACACGGCACGUUCGAGGCGAUGGAAAUUCAGGUUAAGAAAUGGGCAAUGAUUACCGCGGCCUUCGAGUGGGCCAGGGCCCGGAACCUGGUUCGGGUUAAUGAGGUCCACCAGGAGGAGGAAGCUAAGUUGAUAUUGAAUGACUCUUUCGAGCUUGUCAACGAGACUGGUUCCGAAAUCAACAUGAGUGGCUCAAUGGAAGUCGAGGACGAAAGUGGAUUCCUCUUCGAAGCGGACACCCCUGCGGUGGGCUCCUCGAACGAGGCGAUUCUGAGUGGUACCACCUCGGCUGGCACAGCCAAUGAUUGUGUUUCCUACGAUUGCGCAGAACUCGAGCCCUUCAAAUAUGUUGCCGGGAUUUGUCGAGAUCCUUGGCUUCAUGAUCCGAUGAGCCUGAUCCUCAAGCAGAUGAACACCUACUACAAGGAGCUCACGUCGAAGCAGGGUCAGGCAAUCACGAUGAGGGCCCCGGAUGAGAAGUUCAAUGAUGAGCUUUUGCGCAUCUAUGCUGAGAUUACAAAGCAAGAUGUGAUCUUGGGCAGCUACCUUGUUCGCUCCAGGUCGAUCAAAGGCGGAUCCUCCACGCGUGGCAAGAAGGGUGCUGCGUCCAAAGCCCCCGCAAAAAAGGAGAAGAAGGACAAAAAGGAUAAGAAGGACAAGAAGGAUAAGAAGGGCAAGAAAGGUGCACCCAAAGCAAAAAUCUCAGGUAUUUCGGACCCCAUGCUUAGCUUGAUGGCACAGUGCGCGGCCAACAAGGGCAAUGAAUGCCGAAACCUUCAUAGCUUCAUACACCGCAAUGGCAAGACGUUAGCAGUUCAGGUUUCUACAGCACCUGCAAAGGUCAUGGUGUUGCGUGGCAAGCCUCGGGUGGAAUCUGUGCAGUUUCCGGUACUAUAUCUUUCUUCAUGGGCCACACGGAUCUUCGCAGACUCUGCCCAGAUUCUAUUGGGUGGACAUACUCUUGACAAUCCGAGCGGCUUUCGUGGCAUGUUCUUGGAAUUUUGGCAGCGCUAUCGUUGGGUUAGGCCAAAUCUUGACAUCUACAAGGAGGAUGGUGCUGACUUGUCGCUGUGCAUACCAAUAGGUCUGCACGGAGAUGAAGGAAGGGGGAAGCUACGCAGGCCCCUGAUGGUUCUUUCGUAUCAACCGAUGAUCUCCUACAAAGGUCCUGGGUACAGCAACGCCUCUGGGUUCUUGGGUGCAUAUCGCAGGUGUCCUGAACCCCAUGCUCCAACAGUAUAUAAACUGCACCCUACGCCCUAA